GAGCAGCGCGGCCCCCAGCGCUCAAUGGGCGGAAGCUGACCGCAAUGACCUCGACGACCGACGCCAUGGACUGCGCGACCUCUCACAGGGGCGGAAGACAGCAAUCAAUUGCAGAUCAGAUCUCCGCGCGCGCCGGGGGAGUAGAUGCCGCAGCCGUGGGCGACGCUUGGGGCGCGGCGACGGCGCUGCCCCACAACGCCCAUCGGUCAGCACCUGCUCACAUAAUGACGUGCGCCGCAUAUCGUGCAGACCCAACUCAAGCAGGGGAAAUGGGCAAGCACUACCACCACUUCAUAGGCGCGCUGGAGACAUUCCGCUGCAUCGCAUACACGAUGCCCCUUGAGGGCCGCGAUCACUUCAGAGGACGCGGCGAAGGCUACGGGUUUAAGACGGCGCCCCUUCAAGAGAAGGGGAACGACGGGUACGAUUCGCGACGCGUCGAGUGGAUUGGUAGAGCAGGACAGAGAAUGCAGUGGCGACAUCGGUCAUGCUCCAGCCAAGAGGACGCGGACAUCGAUUGCAACAAGACCUACACGCAGCAGGUAGACGACUUGCGCGAGAAGGAGCAAGGGCUCGAGCUGGCGGACAAGACCACCCUCGUGUCGACCCGCUGCGACGACGCCAAGCUGAUCCACGAACAAUUGCAGCUCCGAG